GGGAGAAAGAGAUUGUGUCGGAGCUCUAAAACCUAAAACCCUUCUUCUCUUUUUCAGUGGCUGCCAGAAAACAUUUUUCUUACCUACAAAACACACCUCCGCCUCAAAGAAGCCUUAAGACCAAGUACCUCUGGAUCUAGGGUUUCUCAUUUCUUUCACUACCAAAAAGGAUCAUUCCUAAGAAAACGAUCGGUCAUUUUACAUUCUUACACUGAAUUGUUUGCCAUUGUUUACUUAGAGCUAAACAGUAAGUCAGAUUAGACUUAGACUUCAUCAGGAUUUUAAUAAUGGAGAACCCACUGCAAAUUCUGAGCUCUGCAGCUGAACUGGUCUCUACUGCUUCCACCAAACUACGAGUGAAGAUCUUCCAUGAAGAGCUCUUGCCCCUUCUUCAAUCUCCUGGCCUAGCGUCUGGAGAUAUUACAUCAUUAUUUGUUGAUAUUAUAUUCCAUACAUUAUUUAUCUAUGACGAUCGGGCAUCCCAAAAAGCAGUAGAUGAUGUGAUAAUCAAAGCAUUAGGGGAAGUCCCCUUCAUGAAGCACUUUGCUGCUGCAUUGGUUCAGACAGCAGAAAAGCAGUUGAAGGCUCGAAGUUCUUUUGGGUGUUACAGACUUCUUAAGUGGUCAUGCCUUCUUCUGAGAUGGAGUCAAUUUACUACCAUUUCAAAAAAUGCCAUUUCAAGGAUAGUUGCAUUGCAAGCAUCUUUGCUUCAUGUCCUUCUUCAGGGGUCUUUCCGUGUGAGGAGGGCUAGCAAGCACAUAUGCUACCAUCUAUUUUCUGAGUUAGCGGAUGAGUAUGAAAUCUACGUACAAGAGUUAAACGAUUUAAGGUUAUCACACGGUGACUGUGCUGAAUUGAUCUGGUUAUUGCUUGACUAUUCCAGAACGGUUCCACCUCUCUUUGAAAAACACAGGCCAGUUUUCCUUGAUUUCUAUGUGAAAGUGAUUCUAAGUGCGAGAGAGAAACCACCAAAGGCUCUCAGUGAGGCAUUUUGUCCCCUUUUCACUCUUAUGAGGCACGAAGAGUUUAGAACCGUAAUUCUUCCCACCUCAGUGAAAAUGCUGAAGCGAAAUCCGGAGCUUGUCCUGGAGUCAGUUGGGAUCUUGUUGAGAUCGGUUAAUCUUGAUUUGAGUAAAUAUGCUGUUGAGCUCCUUUCGGGGGUUCAACAGCAGUUACGGCAUUCUGAUGAAGGCAGGAGAUGCGAGGCACUGGCCAUUAUAGGCUCUCUGAGCCAAAAGUCUAGUGAUCCAGAUGUGUUUCUCUCAAUGUUCAAUGUUAUCAAAGCUGUCAUUGGUGGUUCGGAGGGUAAAUUGUCAUUUCCAUAUCAAAGGCUUGGCAUGUUCAAUGCAUUACAGCAAUUAUCUGGUGCUGAGCUGGGGAAAGCAGUGCAUGGCUUGUCAUCAUCCAUAUGUGGCUAUCUUUUGUUAUGUUACCGUGAUGAUGGAAGCGAAGAGGUCAAGCUUUCAAUUUUGUCAGCAUUAGCAUCUUGGGUGGAAAAAUCUGCUGAAUCUGUUCGGCCAGAUACAAUUACCUUUUUUACUGCAGGUCUCAAAGAAAAAGAAACUUUAAGAAGGGGCCACCUUCGAUGUCUUAGAGUUAUAUGUAAAAAUUCUGAUGUGCUCACAGGGUUGCUCCCCCUGCUGGAUCCUCUUAUCCAAAUGGUGAAAAAUGGUUUUACCAAAGUAACACAGCGUCUGGAAGCCAUAUAUGCUCUCGUCUUGGUUGCAAAAAUCGUGACUGCUGAUACCAGGGCUGAAGAGACUGUUAUGAAAGAGAAGAUGUGGCACUUGAUAUCUCAAAGUGAUUCCUCAGCGAUUUCUACUUCACUGGCUUCUAAAUUAUCCUUGGAGGAUUGUCUGGCAUGUGUUGAUCUUGUUGAGGUUCUACUGGUGGACCAUCUGUCCAGAGUGAAAGAAGCCUUGCCAGUUAAAUCGCUUUUACAGUUAAUACUCUACCUGUUAUGUCAUCCAAGUUGGAAUGUCCGCAAGGUGGCUUCAGAUGCUGUUAAAAGAAUACUUUCUGGCACUCCACAGCUGUCAGACAAUCUGUUACUAGAGUUUAGGGAUUGGCUUUCUGUGCUAGGAGUGAGAAUGUACCUCUCUUAUGCAAGUGAUGCAGAAACCAUGGACACUCAAGUACCAAGCAUUCCAUCUCCAGAAGUUCUAGUGAAGGCUUUGCUAGUGAUUUCAUCAACAUCUCUGGCUAGGGAUACAAGCAUUUCCACAAGGCUCAUAUUUUGUUCACAUCAUCCUUGCAUCACUAGAGGUGCCCGUAGAAAUGUGGUUUGGAAGAGGCUUCAGAGGACAUUGCACAGACACGGGCAUGAUGUUAUUAGCAUAGUGGCUUCUGAAUCAAGAACAACCUGCGAGGUUCUAUUUGGAAGUAGGGGCUUGCUGAGUUCAAACUCCUUGGAACAACGUGCUGCAUUAAGUACCCUAUCAACUUUGAUGUCUUUGAUACCCAAGGACAUCUUUCUGGAAUUUGAGAAGCUUCUAAAGAAUCUUCCUGAGAGAGGUCUGCACGAUGCACUUUCUGAGAAUGAUGUCAAGAUUUUUUACACUUCCGAAGGAAUGCUCUCCACUGAGCAAGGUGUUUAUGUUGCGGAGACUCUUACCACGAAUGGAACAAAAGAAAACGUGAAAUCUAGCCAACCUGGAAGGAAAGAUCCAAAUAAGAGAGAUGCUACCAGCAUGGGUAGAAAGGAUUCCAUGAAGGCGACAAAAAGAAAUGUUGUUGGAGACAAGGGCAAGACUCCAAAGGAAGAGGCACGUGAAUUGCAGCUUAAGGAAGAAGCCUCUGUCCGGGAGAAGGUUAUGGUUGUACAGAAGAUUCUCUCAGUUUUUCUUGGUGCUCUGGGGGAAAUGGCCAUAGCUAACCCUGUAUUUACACAUGGUCAAUUGCCCUCAUUGGUAGCAUUUGUAAAUCCAUUACUGAAUUCACCAAUAGUAAGCGAUGUUGCAUUCGAAACCAUGUUGAAGCUUGCUAGAUGCAUUGCCCCUCCUUUGGAUCAAUGGGCUCCUGAAAUUGCUGCAGCAUAUCGGAUAAUCACUACUCAGCAAGUGCUUGUUUUGAAAGAAGCUCUUCUGAAGGUUGAAGUUGAAGUAAAACAGGAAAGGUCAAUGGGUGUGUUCCAGCGCAUAGUAGCAGGUCUGGUGGUAUCUUGUAACACUGGACCUCUUCCAGCAGAUUCCUUCACGUUUAUUUUCCCGAUUUUAGAGCAGAUUCUCUUGUAUCCGAAGAAAACAAAUCUUCAUGAUGAUGUGCUCGGAAUCAUUUCUAUGCACUUGGAUCCUGUGUUACCUCUUCCUCGGCUUCGAAUGAUAUCAGUCCUUUAUCAUGCUCUCAGUGUUGUUCCUGCCUAUCAAGUGUCAAUUGGCCCAAUGCUAAAUGAACUGUGCUUAGGGCUAAAGCAAGAUGAAGUAGCACAAGCUCUUUGUGGAGUAUAUGCCAAAGAUGUCCAUGUGAGGCUUGCCUGCUUGAAUGCCGUGAAGUGUAUUCCAUCUGUUGUUGGUCGUUCACUUUCGCAAGAUGUUGAUGUUGCAACAAGCAUUUGGAUUGCUUUGCAUGACACUGAAAAGUUAAUUGCAGAGUCAGCAGAAGAUGUCUGGGAUCGCUAUGGUUUUGAUUUUGGAACAAACUAUUCUGGUCUUUACAGAGCACUUUCUCAUGUGAACUAUAGUGUCCGUGCAGCUGCUGCUGAGGCCUUAGCUGCAGCGAUUGAUGAAAAUCCUGAAACAACCCAAGAAACUCUUUCAAAUUUGUUUUCUUUGUAUAUUCGUGAUAUUUCGACUGGAGGGGAUAGUGUGGAUACUCGCUGGAUUGGAAGACAGGGUAUAGCGCUGGCAUUACAUUCUGCUGCUGAUGUCUUGAGGACCAAGGAUCUUCCUGUUGUGAUGACUUUUUUGAUAUCAAGAGCACUGGCUGAUUCUAAUAUGGAUGUCCGUGGGAGAAUGAUUAAUGCUGGUAUAAUGAUCAUCGAUAAACAUGGAAAGGAUAAUGUCGCAUUGUUGUUUCCUAUAUUUGAAAACUAUUUAAAUAAAAAGGCUUCUGAUGAGGAGAAAUAUGAUUUAGUUCGUGAGGGUGUUGUUAUUUUCACAGGAGCACUUGCAAAACAUUUAUCAAGGGAUGACCCUAAAGUCCAUACUGUGGUUGAGAAGUUGUUAGAAGUAUUAAACACUCCAUCUGAGGCUGUCCAACGGGCUGUUUCAGACUGUCUGUCGCCAUUGAUGCCUUCAAAACAGGAAGAUGGCCAGGAACUUGUUUCAAGGCUUUUAAACCAUUUGAUGCAUAGUGAGAAGUAUGGGGAACGACGAGGAGCAGCAUUUGGACUCGCUGGUGUUACCAAAGGUUUUGGGAUCUCUAGCCUGAAGAAAUAUGGAAUCAUGGCCAUCUUAAGAGAUGGUCUUGAAGACAGGAAUUCGGCGAAGUCGCGUGAAGGAGCAUUACUUGGAUUUGAAUGCCUCUGUGAGAAGCUUGGUCGACUAUUUGAACCGUAUGUGAUCCAAAUGCUACCUCUACUUCUUGUCUCUUUUUCUGAUCCAGUUGUUGCUGUUCGAGAAGCUGCAGAAUGUGCUGCUCGUGCAAUGAUGUCUCAACUAAGUGGUCAAGGCGUGAAGCUCGUUCUUCCAUCCCUACUUAUGGGAUUAGAAGAUAAAGCUUGGCGAACCAAGCAGAGUAGUGUGCAACUUCUUGGAGCUAUGGCUUAUUGUGCUCCACAACAAUUAUCUCAGUGUCUUCCUAAAAUUGUUCCCAAACUUACAGAGGUGUUGACUGAUACACAUCCCAAAGUUCAGUCAGCUGGCCAAAUGGCAUUGGAGCAGGUUGGGAGCGUAAUAAGAAAUCCAGAAAUAUCUGCCCUUGUUCCGACCCUUUUGAUGGGUCUUACAGAUCCCAAUGAACACACGAAGCAUUCACUUGACAUUCUUCUCCAGACAACUUUUAUUAAUUCAAUUGAUGCACCUUCAUUGGCAUUGUUGGUGCCCAUAGUUCACAGAGGACUAAGGGAACGGAGUGCAGACACCAAAAAGAAAGCAGCUCAGAUAGUUGGAAAUAUGUGUUCAUUAGUGACAGAGCCUAAGGACAUGAUUCCAUAUAUUGGGUUGCUACUUCCUGAAGUCAAGAAGGUGCUCGUUGAUCCUAUACCUGAAGUAAGAUCGGUUGCAGCUAGAGCUAUUGGAUCACUAAUUAAAGGAAUGGGUGAAGAACACUUCCCAGAUCUUGUGCCUUGGCUGUUGGAAACCCUUAAAUCAGACAGUAGUAAUGUUGAGCGCUCUGGUGCUGCCCAAGGGUUAAGUGAGGUCCUGGCUGCUCUAGGGAAGGAGUAUUUUGAAUCCAUUCUUCCUGACAUAAUCCGCAAUUGUUCCCACCAAAGGGCAUCUGUUCGUGAUGGUCACUUGACGCUUUUCAAGUAUCUGCCAAGGUCUUUGGGUGCAAUAUUCCAAAAUUACUUGCAACAGGUGCUACCUGCUAUUUUGGAUGGCCUUGCCGAUGAGAAUGAAUCUGUACGAGAUGCUGCACUCAGUGCUGGGCAUGUUUUGGUGGAGCAUUAUGCAACAACGUCAUUACCUCUUUUGCUUCCUGCUGUUGAAGACGGUAUCUUCAGCGACAAUUGGCGUAUCCGUCAGAGUUCUGUUGAACUCUUAGGCGAUCUUCUCUUCAAGGUUGCUGGAACCUCAGGGAAAGCGAUUCUUGAGGGUGGUAGUGAUGAUGAGGGUGCAAGUACAGAGGCACAGGGGCGUGCCAUCAUUGAUGUACUGGGAAAAGAUAAACGUAAUGAAGUACUGGCUGCUGUCUAUAUGGUCCGCACUGAUGUCAGCCUCUCUGUUCGUCAGGCUGCCUUGCAUGUGUGGAAGACCAUUGUAGCAAAUACUCCAAAAACUCUCAAGGAAAUCAUGCCUGUUUUGAUGAAUACACUUAUUUCUUCCCUUGCAUCAUCAUCCUCAGAGAGACGACAGGUUGCAGGAAGAUCUCUUGGUGAGCUUGUAAGGAAGCUUGGUGAGAGAGUUUUGCCUCUGAUCAUCCCAAUUUUGUCUCAGGGGCUAAAAGAUGCUGAUCCUAGCAGAAGACAAGGUGUUUGCAUUGGUCUAAGUGAAGUGAUGGCAAGUGCUGGUAAACAACAGCUGGUGAAUUUCAUGGAAGAGCUCAUCCCCACAAUUCGAGCAGCCCUCUGUGAUAGCACACUUGAGGUCCGUGAAGCUGCAGGCACAGCAUUCAGCACUCUUUAUAAGAGUGCUGGAAUGCUGGCAAUUGAUGAAAUCGUUCCAACUCUUCUGCAUGCUUUAGAGGAUGAUGACACCUCCGAUACUGCUCUUGAUGGCCUAAAACAAAUUCUAAGUGUUAGAACCGCUGCUGUUCUUCCCCAUAUCUUGCCGAAGCUUGUUAAUCUUCCUCUUUCUGCCUUCAACGCCCAUGCACUUGGAGCAUUGGCUGAGGUUGCUGGACCUGGCCUUAAUUUUCACCUUGGAACUAUCCUUCCUGCCUUACUUUCAGGAAUGGGAGAUGAUGAUGAGGAGGUUCAAGGUUUGGCAAAAAGGGCUGCAGAGACGGUGGUUAUGGUCAUUGAUGAGGACGGCAUUGAUCCUUUGAUCUCAGAGCUACUCAAAGGUGUUGGUGAUAGCCAGGCUUCAAUGAGAACAGGCUGUGCAUAUCUGAUAGGUUACUUAUUUAAGAACAGUAAACUAUAUUUGGUUGAUGAGGCCCCGAACAUGAUCUCUACCCUGAUAGUUUUGCUGAGUGAUUCAGAUUCUCUUACUGUUGAGUGUGCAUGGGAGGCGCUGGGGAGGGUUGUUGGUUCAUUGCCCAAAGAAGUACUUCCUUCUCAUAUCAAAUUGGUUCGAGAUGCCAUAUCUACUGCAAGAGAUAAAGAGAGAAGAAAAAGAAAGGGUGGACCUGUUCUUAUACCUGGGCUUUGUCUUCCCAAAGCUCUUCAACCAUUGCUACCAAUAUUUCUCCAGGGUCUCAUUAGUGGCUCAGCUGAUUUGCGGGAACAAGCUGCGCAGGGUUUGGGAGAACUGAUUGAUGUGACUGGUGAAAAAUCUUUAAAGGAAUUUGUCAUUCCAAUUACAGGGCCUCUUAUUCGGAUAAUAGGAGAUAGGUUCCCAUGGCAGGUUAAAAGUGCCAUCCUUACAACACUGGUUAUCAUAAUAAGCAAAGGAGGGAUUGCAUUGAAGCCAUUUCUUCCCCAGCUUCAAACAACUUUUAUCAAAUGCCUCCAGGAUAGUACAAGGACGGUGCGUUCAACUGCUGCUCUGGCUCUUGGAAAACUCAGUGCCCUCAGCACUCGACUCGAUCCUUUAGUGAAUGAUCUCCUUUCCACUUUACAGGCAUCAGAUGGUGGAGUUCGGGAGGCUGUACUCUCUGCUCUUAAGGGAGUUUUUAAGCAUGCUGGUAAAAGUGUAAGCAGUGCAUUUAGGUCUCGUGUGCAUACUCUACUCAAGGACCUUAUACAGCUUGAUGAUGAUCACGUUCGAAACUCAGCAGGAAGAGUAUUGGGUAUUAUAUCACAGUACAUGGAAGAUGGUGAGCUCUUAGAGCUGUUGCAGACCUUGACAGAGUUAGCUUCAACGCAGAACUGGUACGUGAGACAUGGUUGCAUCAUAGCAUUUGCAUCCAUGUUUAUGCACUGCCCUUCUGCAGUAUGUCACUCAGCCGCUUUUCCAUCUGUUGUUGAUUGUUUGAGAGAAGCCUUGAAAGACGAUAAGUUCCCUAUUCGUGAAACUGCAACAAAAGCAUUAGGGAGACUUCUAGUAUAUCAAGCUCAAGAAGAGCCCUCUGGUCCAUUAGAACUCGUUCCUCUCUUGAUAUCUGCUUUGCAAGAUGACUCAAGCGAAGUUAGGAGAAGGGCAUUGUCUGGACUCAAAUCAACAGUCAAGGCAAAUGUUUUUGCGGUUACACCUUCUCUUUCGGCUAUGGGACCUGUGCUUGGCUUGUGUUUGAAGGAUGGUAGCACACCUGUCCGCCUUGCUGCUGAGCGUUGCAUUUUACAUCUUUUCCAAUUGACAAAAGGAGGGGAAAAUGUUCAAGCUGCUCAGAAGUUUAUGACAGGGUUAGAUGCAAGGCGCAUAUCGAAGCUACCAGAGCAUAGUGAUGAAAGUGGUGAUAGUGAAGAAGAUGUGCCAAUCAGCUGAUAGGCCAGAGGGUCAAGAAAAUGUUCUUGUCCUUCUUGUGCCAAUGAUUUUACAGAUUGAUCUUUUGACCUACAAAGGCCGUUUUGGUAUUAUGGGGGGCUAAGAUCUGCACGCCAUUUGGGUUCUCUUGUGAAAUACCAUCCUGCCAUAGAAAAAUCAAAGAGGUGGUUUCCACGCAAAGCAAUGCUUCAUGAUCACUUGAAAAGUUGGUGGAAACCGAAAAGUUUUGCUGUGUAGUCGCUGGUCAUUUUUUCUCCUUCAAGUUUGUAUUUGCCUGUGAUUUAUAUCAUUAAUCCAACUAGUAGUUGAAAUGCAAAGGGCUUCUUCCUUUCUUCAUGCUUUUCCUUUUUGAAUGCAUUUUUCAGUUAUGCUGGAGGCAAUUUUCCAAUAUGAUGGACAAUAAUGCAAAUUGCCCCAUUUGUUAUUGGUGAGUGCUUGUAAUGAUGACAGAUCAUUAAGUUCAUUUCAGAAACAGAUGUUCACAAUCAUUAUAGUGAAAAAUAAGUGUGGAGUUGAGGCAUCAAUGAAUUUGGAAUCUUCUCUUA